UAAAUAAAUCAAUGAGUAGUUUCAGACAGCAUAGCUUCAAAUUGGUUCCUGGAGAACAUGCUACUGAGCUGCUUAAUGCUCAAGCCCACAUAUGGAACCAUAUUUUCAACUUCAUAAACUCCAUGUCCCUGAAAUGUGCCAUCCAGCUUGGUAUACCUGAUAUCAUCCACAACCACGCCAAGCCCAUGACUCUUUCUGAGCUCCUCGUAGCACUCCCUAUCCACCCAACAAAAGCUCGUAAUAUUCCUCGUCUCAUGCGCAUUCUCAUCCACUCUGGCUUCUUUGUUGCAGAAGAAAUGAUUGGAAAUGACGAAGAAGAAAGAUAUGCACUCACGGAUGCGUCUAGGCUCCUUCUUAAGGAGAAUCCCUUGUGUGUAACUCCUUUCUUACUUGCCAUGCUUGAUCCUGUUUUUACUAAGCCCUGGCAUUUUCUGACCGCAUGGUUCCAAAAUGAAGACCUUACACAGUUUGAUAUGGCACAUGGAAAGAUGUUUUGGGAUUAUGGGGGCCAUGAGCCAAAGCUUAACAAUUUUUUCAAUGAUGCCAUGUCUAGUGAUGCUCGCUGGUGA